CUGAGUUCAAGCCCCUGGACUGUGAUACACACAUACACAAAAAUUCUUAAAUUCAAAACAUAGAAAAAUGGGAAGCUUGGAUGACAGACCGUCUGGGGAAGGCUUCAUUUCACCUUCACAUGACAGAGCAAUGUCCGUCUUUACCCCAAUUCUCACAUGUGACGCAGAACAUACUUUAUUUCCCCAAAGUAGGGGAAAGUCUAGAAUUCACUCUGUUGUAGCUUCAGAGUGCUCCCUGGAAAGUUCCAUCUGGGGAGAGAUAACAGAAAUGUUCUAAACAGCAUCUCCCUUCCCCCCUCCCGUUUCCUCCCCCAGUCAUGGUCUAGCAUGCCCAUUUCAGGUUCACAAAUUUAUUCCUAGACUUAAGAAGUUCAUUCCUGUUUGCUCUGAAGCUAAAAUAUUCUGCAGGAAUUGGAAAAUGUAUUAAAGACGAAAUAGAAAGUGACAUGCUUUUUGAAUUCAUCGCUUUUUUAGUGAAAUAUGCUACAGACCCCGAAACAGAUCUACUCCUUUAAAAAAAUUUUUUUUUUAUUCUAUCAUCCAUUUCCCAAAGAGUAGCAGGACGUAUAAAAAUGAGGGAGAGAAAAGGAUGGACGAUUAGGAUUUCUGAGAAGCAGGAAAGCAACCUCGUCUUUUCCCGGUCUGGAUUUUAUUUUCAGGGGACAACAGGGUAUCAUCGACUCAGCUUGUGUACCCUCCAUAUGCUAGCACUGAGGGUUCACAGCCUAGGGUCUCACUGGAAUCAGGGGAGGCCGUACCUGGCUGUAGACUGGUCCAUCUUCUCCCAUGAUGCACUUGGGAUCUACCACGGAAGAGGCAGCCCUGACCUUUGGCCUAUGUUUCCGAUGAAUUAAAAGCAGCCGCCUUGGUAGAUGAAGACGUAGACAGAGAAGACCACACAGCAGAUGGAGAACCCUCGGCCAAGUACAUGUGUCCGGAGAAGGAGAUCAGCAAGACGUGCCCCAGUUACCAGAAUUCUCCAGCUGCUGAGUUUUCCAGCCACGAAAUGGACAGCGAAUCCCACAUCAGUGAGGCCAGUGAUCGAAUGGCGGACUUUGAAAACAGCUCCAUCAAAAUCGAAGAAGAGACGAAAGAUGUCUCCGUGCCCUUGGAAGACACCACCACCAUCUCAGACAGCCUGGAGCAGAUGAAGGCUGUGUACAACAACUUCCUAUCCAACUCCUAUUGGUCCAACCUCAAUCUCAACCUCCACCAGCCGUCCUCGGAGAAGAACACGGGUGGGAGCAGCAGCAGCAGCAGCAGCAGCAGCAGUAGCUGUGGCAGCAGCAGCUUUGAUUGGCACCAGAGUGCCAUGGCGAAGACCCUACAGCAGGUGUCACAGAGCCGCAUGCUGCCCGAGCCCAGUCUCUUCAGCACCGUGCAGCUGUACCGGCAGAGCAGCAAACUCUACGGCUCCAUCUUCACGGGGGCCAGCAAGUUCCGCUGCAAGGACUGCAGCGCGGCCUACGACACCCUGGUGGAGCUGACCGUACACAUGAACGAGACGGGCCACUACCGUGAUGAUAACCACGAGACGGACAGUAAUAACCCCAAACGCUGGUCCAAGCCACGCAAGCGCUCUUUGCUGGAGAUGGAAGGGAAAGAGGAUGCGCAGAAAGUCCUCAAGUGCAUGUACUGUGGGCACUCCUUCGAGUCCUUGCAGGAUCUGAGCGUGCACAUGAUCAAAACAAAACACUACCAGAAAGUGCCUCUGAAGGAACCGGUCACACCCGUGGCCACGAAAAUCAUCCCCACCACGCGGAAAAAAGCAUCACUGGAACUAGAGCUCCCCAGCUCCCCCGAUUCCACAGGGGGGACCCCCAAAGCCACCAUCUCGGAUACCACUGAUACACUCCAGAAGAACGCCAACCCGUACAUCACGCCAAAUAACCGGUACGGCCACCAGAACGGGGCCAGUUACGCCUGGCAUUUCGAAGCCCGAAAGUCCCAGAUCCUCAAGUGUAUGGAGUGCGGCAGUUCCCAUGAUACACUGCAGGAGCUCACAGCCCACAUGAUGGUCACCGGCCACUUCAUCAAGGUCACCAACUCCGCCAUGAAGAAGGGGAAGCCAAUCAUGGAGACACCCGUCACCCCCACCGUCACCACCCUGCUGGACGAAAAGGUCCAGUCGGUGCCCCUGGCAGCCACGACCUUCACCUCCCCCUCCAACACACCUGCAAGCGUCUCCCCAAAACUGAACUUAGACAUCAAGAAGGAAGUGGAGAAAGACAAAGCCGGCUCGGAAGAGAAGCCGAAAGACAAGGAGAAGCCCGGCGAGGAAGAGGAGAAGUAUGAUAUUUCCUCCAAGUAUCAUUAUUUGACCGAGAAUGACUUGGAGGAGAGCCCCAAGGGGGGCUUGGACAUCCUCAAAUCUUUAGAAAACACAGUGACGUCUGCCAUCAACAAGGCCCAGAAUGGCACCCCGAGUUGGGGGGGUUACCCCAGCAUCCAUGCUGCCUACCAGCUUCCCAACAUGAUGAAGUUGUCUCUGGGCUCCUCUGGGAAGAACACGGCCUUGAAACCCUUGUUUGGCAACAAUGAGAUUGUGUCUCCCACAAAAAGCCAGGCCCUGAUCUCACCACCCAGUAGCCAGACAUCUCCUAUGCCCAAAACCAAUUUCCACGCCAUGGAAGAACUGGUAAAGAAAGUCACCGAGAAAGUUGCCAAAGUCGAGGAGAAAAUGAAGGAGCCCGAAGGCAAACCGGUCCCACCCAAGAGGGCCACCCCUUCUCCCUGCGGCAGUGAACUGAGCGACCCUGUCAAGAUGGAAGCGGCCCACGAGGCAGGCCUUAAAAGCCAAGAGGGGAGCCCCAGCAGCCCCCCUCGGGAUGGCUGCAAGGAAGGGAGCCCCAAGGCAGAGCCGGUGGAGAAUGGCAAAGAGCUGGCCAAGCCCCUGAGCACUGGCCUGAGUGGCAGCACGGCCAUCAUCACCGAGCACCCCCCGGAGCAGCCUUUCGUGAAUCCUCUGAGCGCCCUGCAGUCGGUGAUGAAUGUGCACUUGGGCAAGGCUGCCAAGCCCUCCCUGCCCACCUUGGACCCCAUGAGUAUGCUUUUUAAGAUGAGCAACAGUCUGGCUGAGAAGGCGGCCGUGGCUACCCCACCACCACCCCUGCCUCUCUCCAAAAAGGCGGACCACCUGGACCGUUACUUUUACCAUGUCAACAACGAUCAGCCGAUUGAUCUGACGAAAGGAAAGAGUGAGAAAGGCUGUUCUGGGGGUUCAGGGCUCUUAUCCCCCACGUCCACUUCCCCCGCCACCUCCUCAUCUCUGGUGACAACGGCCAAGACAUCCGCCGUCGUCUCCUUCAUGUCAAACUCGCCGCUGCGCGAGAACGCCUUGUCAGACAUCUCUGACAUGCUGAAGAACUUGACAGAGAGCCACACGUCCAAGUCCUCCACGCCUUCCAGCAUCUCCGAGAAGUCUGACCUCGACGGGACGGCCCUGGAGGAGGCCGAGGAGGCCACGCCCGCGCAGAAGAGGAAAGGCCGGCAGUCCAACUGGAACCCCCAGCACCUGCUGAUCUUGCAGGCCCAGUUUGCCGCCAGCCUGAGGCAGACCUCGGAGGGCAAGUUCAUCAUGUCCGACCUGAGCCCUCAGGAGCGCAUGCACAUCUCUCGCUUCACGGGGCUCUCCAUGACCACCAUCAGCCACUGGCUGGCCAACGUCAAGUACCAGCUUCGAAGGACAGGUGGGACCAAGUUUCUGAAAAACUUGGACACGGGCCACCCUGUGUUUUUUUGUAACGACUGUGCAUCCCAGAUCAGGACUCCAUCCACGUACAUUAGCCACUUGGAGUCACAUUUAGGUUUCCGGUUACGAGACUUAUCGAAAUUGUCCACGGAACAGAUUAAUAACCAGAUAGCACAAACCAAGUCACCGUCAUCAGACAAACUGGUGAGCUCCUCCCCAGAGGAAGACUUAGGGACCUCGUAUCAGUGUAAGCUUUGCAAUCGGACCUUCGCCAGCAAGCACGCGGUGAAGCUGCACCUUAGCAAAACACACGGGAAGUCGCCCGAGGACCACCUUCUGUACGUGUCUGAGCUGGAGAAGCAGUAGCAUUUGCUUCUGCUGGCAAAUGUGUGCAGUUUGCUUUGAGAGGAAACUGUUUGAAGGCACCUUAAGGCCAUUCUCUCUUGUUUCUUGGGUACAUGUUCUUAUGUUAACUAUGGAGAAUUAUUCUGGGCCGGACUGUUUCUUUCUUUCUUUUUGUAUAACUGUACAGUGUUUAAUAGAGGUGCAUAAUCAGCUGUUAACUGGUAUAAAAUAAUGAAGGUUUAAAACGCAGUGGUAAGUGUUUGGAACUUGGUGUAAAUGGGAUUUAGUUGUGAGCAUCUCCUGCGGCCCCACCCUGCCUAGCCCCACCCCCUCCUCCCCUCCCCUUCCCUUCCCCCCUCCAGGUGUUUCAAAGCUGCAUGCAUUGACAGUUUAAUUAAGCAUUUAUAAAGAAAUCCGGGCACACACUUUUUCCACAAGACUUUACACCCUUUUCAUCUUUCGCCCUCUGAGUACUUUGAAGCACUUUUGCAUUCAUUUGGUUAUAAAAAAAUAAAACAAAAUAUUAAUAAUAUUAAUAAUAAUAAUAAUGUAUGAAGCUUUGUUUUUUUAAAAAAAUCCUUACCAGCUUAGUUAUAAUUGAUAAUAUGAAUCUCCAUUUAUGCAGGUCUGCAGGGGGAUAACACGCCUUGAAAUUUAAAAGAAUAUUAUUUUCACAUUGAAACAUAGAUGUAUAUAUUGUAUAGAUUUCAGACUCUUAUGGAAAAAAAUGUGAUGGUGGAUAAAUGACCUUUUUUUUUCUUCUUGUAUUUAUAUAGCAACCGUGUUUUAUGUACUUGUAUGCUCUGGGCAUAAGCCAUGCCAAUCUGUAGUAUAUAUUUCUUUUUCCUUUUUCCCUUAUUUUUUAAAGAUCUAUGGGGUUUAUUUUGUUGUUUUUUUUUAACAUGCAAACAUUGUAAAUUAUACAGAAGAUACCACAGAUAGCAUUUAUAAAGUAUACAGAAACGUUAUCACAAAGCAAAGUAUAAUUGUUUGCUAAACAGUACAUCUAUACUGAUAGAGGUUCAUGUUUAAAUUAUACAUAUUUAUUAGCACCCUAUUACCAUUUGUUUGCAGCCCAGGAAAAACCAUCCCUGGCAAGCAUCAUAUCUUAGUAAUUUGCACAUGAUUUUUGAAGGUAUUUAUUAGAAAUUAAAGAAUGCUCAAAAUAAAACUCAGUGAUCCAAGGGUUAAGUCUAUUUGAAAAAGGAAAAAAAAACACAGUAACAACAAUAACAAGAACUUGUACUGUAUUUCCUAAACAUUGAUUAAAGCCUUUAAAAUAUUUGUACUGUAAUACUUUGCUUCAAAGUCAUGAGACAUUCUGUAAUAGAAUCCUUUCCCCCAGUUAUUUAUAAGCCCUCUUGAUUUUUUUUAAAUGAUUGCCUUUUAUUUCCAUUGGUAAUUUUCUGGUUUGAUUCUUCCCAAUUAUCUUCCCAGAAUCCUCUACCGAAGUGUUUUUGUUAUCUUAUGUUAUUAUUAUUAUUAUUAUUAUUUUUUAUCUCUAGGCCUCUAUGAAAGGUAACCCCUGGUUACCAGCUCUCCAUGAGAUUCUGUUCUCUUCCAUUUUUUUUUUUUUGGCAGUUCAUUUUGCAGAAGUAACUGACAGCUGACAUCAUUGGAGAACCUAUGUAUAAAAUAUUGGCAUGUAAACAGACAACCAACACUAUGUGCCCUAUUCUGAUGGUUAACAAUGAAACACCAUUCUAUGACUCUUCAUAUAACUCCCUCUUUUUUUUCUCCUAUGGCAGCAUUAAAAUUGUCUCUCUCUCUUUUUUUGCUAUAAUUUUGUGUUGCGUUCACAAUUAUGUCUGAAAUGUGCUAGCACUAACGAGCACAUUAAAAUUAAAUUGUAUGCGAUCUGUUUA